AUGUUUCACAAUGGUACCAACAAUAUGAAACGAUCCGGAGAUCAAACUGAGAUCCUAGACUCCCUGCAGGGAUAUCUGCUAAAUAAGAAUGAUAGUAAUAAUAACGUUCGGCCCUUGAAUACAGGGACCCUGGGCUCUAGAAUGAAUAUUGGCAAUAACACUUUAACGAUAGGGAGAGCGAAUGACUUGAAACGCCCGGAAAAACCACGAUUGACUUUGAAUUCAAACCGUAGACGGCAAAUGAUACAGCCUGAGAUUGGCAUUAGGUCCGAAACGAAGUCACCUACCAGUCCCAAAGCUAGCGGGUUGGUAACGUCGGAACCAUACCAAACGCCAAAAGAUGCUAACUGUGCUAAUAGAAGGGCUAAAAAAAGCGUUCAAUUAGAACUUGGGCUUCAUGAAGCCAGAUUUGCCGAAGAUUUGGUCUUGCUAGAUCUCUCAACAGUUCGAGGAUUGCAAGAUGGAGACUUGGCCGAAUUGAAGACGUAUAAAGGGAAGAAUGGCACUGGCAAAGACAAAAAAAUUUACUUUAUAGUGAAAGACUUCAGCAGCGAGCUACGUCAACGAUACAAGAAUCCCCAAAUCUCAAUUUUAUCAGGACCACUUCAACAGUUGAUAGGACUACCUACAAGGUCCAAAGUUUGGAUUAAGGCGAAGGAUAAAGAUAGAUUUCAAGCCGACGUUGUGGAGCUCAAUAUUAAGGAUUGUCUAGUUCAUCGUGGUGACAUGUGGGUGUUUUCUUCCAAACUAACAGGCAGCUGUAUCUUCGCUGAGCAAAAGCUUACGUUCAUGGAUAGUAUACGGGCGACUGUCAAAGAAAUAUUUCGAGACGGCAAGAAAGUGCUGUCAGGGUACAUUGGAGAAAAAACGAAAGUUGUCUUCAGAUCGGAAUCUGCCAGGCUAGUUUUUAUGAUUCAAAUCACAGAUGAGAUGUGGCAUUUUGAGGAAAAUGGCGAGAUUUUCUUCUACAAGGUAGUCAAUUCGCUGUUUCCAACGAUCUUCAAGAAAUGGAAGGACAUAGGGACACAUCAUACGAUUACAAUCGUUUUUACUGCAUCGCUGGAUCUUUCUGAAACUCCCUUCGUGGAUAUUCCAGAUGGAGAAAGACCAAAAAAUACAAAGGAUUAUUACCGCGUUGUCGUAGACCAGGUAAAUAUCGUUCACUGGACUGAAAUUAUGAUGACGCUCAGGAGAGAGUUCAAAACGAUUGCUCGAGACUUAAAAACUACAAAUACUGAUGAUGGAAACUCUGUCAUAAGAGGAAGAUUCUGUCCUGCUAUUAAGUCUAACAUCUUAGAGACCAUUUGCUUAGCUACCACGUUUUUGACCAACCCCUUUCGGCAACCUGAUCUUCGGAGAACAACCGCACAUGCCAUCAUUAUCAGUCCUGGGACUUGCAUAUAUGAUGUGAAUUACGAUCUUCUGAAAGCAACUAGUAAGAAAGUCCAAUCAAUUGAAUUGUCUCUCGACGUAAUAUGUUUGAGUCGACCGCCAUUGCACGUUGUUCCUUUACUCAGGUACCGCGAUUACGAGAAUCGACUCAAAUAUUGUGCUCCUUCGUGGAUGAAUAUAUCAUUUUGGCGGUAUUCUUCGUACUCUAAUGAUACUUGGAGCCCGCGGUGUAAGAUGCAUGAUCUUCAAAUGAUGGGUCUCACUGAAACAGAAAUGAAAGAGGAAAUAGCGAUCGACUAUAUGACUUCUUCAUCUACUGUUAAAUCUGUGACAGAUCUUAUGAAACAGUACGAUCAUGACGCGUUCACGGAUCAAAAAGUGCGGCGGGGAAAGCAUCAGCGUACUUCCUUUUCGUCGGAUUUCGUCAAUGAUUCAAGGCCGGAGUACACUAAAAGUGCUCCCCAAAACCCCGCUAAACUGUCACUUGCAUGGAACCCACCCAAAUCGGCUUCUCCGAUGGUUCAGCCGACGGCCACUCUGCAAGUAUUCGGCGAUCUAGCUAAAUCGACCAAUGACGAUGAAGACCCCGAAGAGCCUGAUAGUCGGAUUCGAAAGUCUGACGGUGAAGAAAAAGCCGAGCGCAGGUCGCUGGCUGUUAAUCAGCUCAGAAACGUUACGAAAAGUAACAAUAUCGCUCAGCGUAUUGUAUCGAGGUUCCGAACGGACUUUGAAAGAAAGUCAAGGAGGGACACUGACAUUAUUCCUGUUCGUAGUGCACCUCAAUCUCAACUAUCGCGGACAGAUCUGGAUUUUGAAAGUGAUAAUUUAACAGUCACUUCAUUUGGCCGUGGGCCAAUUAUCAAACGGAAUCUCGCUUCAAUACAUAAACCUCUUGCUACUAAGGGGCCGCUUAACACAAACAUCUCAUCCAUGCAGUCUCUGUCGGGAUCCCCGCAACGUCAUCCUAAGGAAUUUUUAACGAAAGUUUCGAAGAAAGAUACGUUGGAAGACGCAACAGCUAAUCUGUUCAGUUGGCUAGAAAUUAAAAACCCUUCGAUAGCGAUGAGCUCAGAAUUAGCGAGUACUUUUAUUGCCCCACAAUAUAAGGACGUAUUUCCACAGUUUGUCGCAAAGAAGUACAGUAAGUGGAGGUCUCUGACAACCCCAGCAGAGUUGCCAAUCACCAUCUCCUCGUUCCCUAGCAAAGAAGAUUUCGAAAAGAACUUUAUAUUCACAAACCAUUCGGUCAUCCUAAAUCCUGAUCAAGAGGUUAAAAAUCAAACUGCAUUUGAUCUCUUAAGAGAUAUGAUAUAUGUCAGACUACUAGCAGGGUUCCAAAUCUGUAUUGGAGACGGUGUCGAAAAGAUGGAAUCAAUAAAGAGUAAUGAGGGCGACGGCCGAAAAAUCGCCAAAAACCUCACAAAAGGUAACUAUAUGGAUGUCAAAUUCUGGAUGAUGUUUUCAGAAGAGAUUCAUAAGUUGAGUUGCGACUAUGAUGGUUCCAUCAAUGUCCAAAGGCACGUUCGGAAGGAUUACAAUAAUACUGGAAAUGGGGUUCCAACUUACGACCCCCAGAUCAAGACAAGAUACGAAAGCUCUUACCGUGAAACAAUGACUGAUCCUCUUAAAAUGCAUAGAGAAAGGUAUAACUGGAAUCAACUGGACCAAAUGCUUGCGGGUUACGAAGAUGCCGUGAUUGAGAAGAAUAAGAAGCAGUUCCGCGCCAAAUUUGUGGUACUUCCAUCUGAUGUUCCCCAAAAUACUCACUCAUCAACCAUCAAUGGCCGCUCAGAAACUUUAAACGCAGAAGAAAUUCGACUGGAAGGACUCAGACGAUUAAUUUCCUCCGUGUACCGUUCAAGGCUCAAGCCAGCUGAUUAUAAGCACCAAGCUAUAUCGCGAAAGGAAGAGAUCGCACCUGAAAUUUUAUUUUACACCGGCUCUUUAUUCAAUUUUAUUGAAGAGCACGCCGAAAUUCUUAAAGUAUCGGAAGCUCAUCAACCGGAAAAUACUUCACAGGAUGGUGGGACUUUAUCUAAAGAGAUUGACUUGCGAUGGCUUGCCUAUGAAACGCAAUUUGGCGAACAUCAUUUACGUCUAGUGAACAGAAAGUGGCACUGGAAGAAACAUUACAAUUGCUUUUUAGGUUCUGAAUUGGUAAAUUGGCUCAUAGAAAAUUAUUAUGAUAUCGACACGAGAGAUGACGCCGUAUCUUAUGGACAGGAUUUAAUGAAUCAAGGUCUGUUUGUACAUGUAGAAAAUCGCCAUGGAUUUCUUGACGGUCAUUACUUCUAUCAGAUAAGUUCGGAAUACCUGGAAGCCAAAAAACCUGCAACAGAUCAUGGUCCGCACAACGCUGCUGAUGUAUCAAAGGUCUCUUCAAACUCAGAAACAAAUUCCUUGAAUCAUCCUGGAAACAGCGAACGGUCGUUUGAAGCUUCCUCGGACGGUCCUCUCUCAACAGAAGUAUCGAAAUCAACCGUGUCACUCAGCAAUGUAAUAACAGUUGACGCUGAUACAGCUAAACGAUCUUACAAGCCAGAAAUUUGUAAAGUUCAUUAUGAUCGUGUUCACAACCCUAACCAUUGCUUUCAUAUUAGACUUGAGUGGCUAACUGCGACACCAAAGCUUAUUGAAGAGCUUAUUAAUAACUGGGCCAGGCUAUGCAAACGCUACGGCCUCAAAUUGGUUGAAGUUCCUUGGGUGGAGCUCUGCACUAUCCCUUUGUCAAAUCCUUUUCACACAUUUGUUGAUAUAACAUUGGCCAUUGACCCGUGGACGGAUUCAGAGUUUAAUGAUGAGCAGUUGCUGGCGCAGAGUCCUUUCUACUAUCAUACCUACCUUCUGGAAAAAAAUGGAUUUCUUAUCGAUAAUCGGGCUUCAUCGCUAUUACGGAAAGAUGUAUCUAACUAUGAAGUGGUGUACUCUUGGGGCAAGCCAAAGUUUAAGUACGCCCAGUAUAUCCACUCCACUGGUGCUUACAUUGCCGAAAUCAGAGAAAAUGGCAAUCUAUUUCUAGCACCUAACAAUAGGCAUCUGUCAAGAGUCAACGUCGAUUCGGUCACUUUAAAAGCCAAGCAGACCCCAAAGUUUGCACUCGAUGCUGAGAAAAUCAUGCUUGUUUUUAAGAAAACUUGCCUCGAUCAUGAUAAGCUACGUGCCAUAUUCCAUGAAGCCCAAAAAAGUUGGAUGAAUGGCACUAAUGCGUCAGGACAGCUCACCGGUUCAGUUGAGACUUUGGUAAGAGCGUGA